AUGAGUUACAGUCUUUGCGCCAGAGCAGCAGCAGUGAAAGAUAAUGCCGAGAUUUCUAAACUACUGCAAGUAGAUUUUUCCCUCGGUUUGAAUGACGUCGAAGUGCAACGGCGUAGAAAAGUUUCCGGACCGAACAGUUUCGAUCACAGUCCGCGAGAGUCGUUGCUCCGGCGAUACUUGGAACAAUUCAGAGAGCCGAUGAUCAUUUUGCUCCUCAUCUCGGCCGGAGUCAGUUUCCUUAUGCACCAGUACGACGACACUGUAAGCAUUACAGCCGCUGUUUGUAUUGUGGUUACCGUCGCAUUUAUUCAGAAUUAUCGUUCUGAAAAGGCCUUGGAAGCGUUGAAGAAGCUCAUGCCCCCCAAGUGCAGAUGCUUACGAGAUGGCCGUCUCUCGGUGUUUCUGGCAUCUGAACUUGUCCCUGGCGAUAUCGUCUACAUCUCCAUGGGUGAUCGUGUUCCAGCCGACUUGCGUCUUCUCGAGGCCGUCGAUUUACGAGUAGACGAAUCCAGUCUAACCGGAGAAACGGAGGCUGCGCCUAAAAAUGCUCAAACCCUACCAUCGAACCACACCAUCCCAAUUUCAAGUGCUCACCAGUCCUCGCCCCACGAUUCAUCACUGUGUCCACAGUUCGCGGCUGAUGAGCAUCGAUUCGAACUCAUCCACCAUGAGGCGACUUUGGACCGUCUUCGAGGCUGUCACGAUCUCACUAAUGUGGCAUUCAUGGGCACACUGGUCUGUUGUGGCUCUGCUAAAGGAGUAGUCAUCGCUACGGGCGCACACUCCGAAUUCGGGGAGGUGUUCCGAUUGAUGCUAUCCGAAGAGGCGCCCCGGACGCCAUUACAGAAGAACAUGGAUCGCUUAGGGAAACAUCUGUCGAUCAUUUCUCUGUUCAUCAUCGGACUCAUUGUCUUCACUGGUCUGUUGCAGGGCCGACGGUUUUUGGAGCUGGUCAAUAUCGGAGUGAGCUUGGCCGUCGCUGCGAUUCCGGAAGGCCUGCCCAUCGUUGUCACCGUCACGUUGGCCCUCGGUCAAAUGCGAAUGGCCUCACGCAACGCAAUCGUACGAAAGCUCCCCGCCGUCGAAACACUCGGUUGCGUGAAUGUGGUGUGCGCGGACAAGACGGGAACCAUGACAAAAAACGAGAUGGCCGUAUCGGUGUUGGUCUCUAGCGAUUUUGAUCGGCUCACGGUUCCAACAACAGGAGCAGCCGCCGCCGCCGCCUCCCCCGUUGAGUCGAAUGGUGGUAUAUGUCUCCUGUCCCCAUCCAUUGCGCCACCAACCACUCCUGUGUCGAGCGUGGCUCAACGACACAGCUCGUCCGCCUUGUUCAAUCCGGCAGUGGAUGAUUGUUUGGCGUCUACUGCAUGCCCCUCGGCCUUUCAUCGCAUAAUCGAAAUCGGCUGCGUCUGCAACAACGCGGUACUACAGAAUGGACAGCUGUGUGGACAGCCUACGGAGGGUGCUCUUCUUCGUGUGGCGAAACAGCUACGAAUUGUCGAUCCCCGACAGCUCUAUCAUCGGGUGCAAGAGUGGUCCUUUAGCUCAGAGACCAAAAUGAUGAUGGUUCUGUGCACACGCAACGGACAGGCACCCCACGCCGGUCCGAUCUACUUUGCCAAAGGCGCAGUGGACCGCAUUCUCCAACGCUGUUCUAGUGUGCAUCGACCUCUGACCGAUUCACCUCUUUCCAUAACCAACUAUUCUUCUGGUGGGGCUAUAUUCGACACUUCUCCAGACUCCUCUACCUUGACCGAAGAGCACACCACUGCCAUUUUGAAAGAGGCUGCAAAUCUCGGGUCACUGGGGCUUCGUGUGUUGGCUUUGGCCCAAGGUUCUCAUCCCGACCGGCUCAUCUUCUUCGGUCUUGUUGGUCUACUUGACCCACCACGACCAGAUGUGGAUGUGUGUAUCCGAACGCUGAUCGAAUCCGGAGUGCGGGUUGUCAUGAUCACGGGCGAUUCCAUGGAGACUGCGAAAGCAAUAGGAUCACGCUUGUCCUUGUACCGCCCUGGUGACUAUUGCCUCAGCGGCGAAGAAGUCGAUCAGCUCAGCCUGGCUGCGAUGAAAACGCGCGUGCGCAAUGUGACCAUCUUCUACCGGAUGAAAUGA